GCGAGCCCAGGAACCGGCGGCGUAUGGUUUUUGCCCCAUGGCAGCACCACUCUGGCCGAAGGCUUCACCUACAUCGACGGGGAGACGGCGCGACAGAUGCGCCGUCCGGGAACGCUGCCCAACACCGGCAUCUCCGGGCACCGUAUGGAGGACGGCUCCACGCCGCUGAGCAUCGCGGGCGAUAAUUGCUCUUCCACCGGCGUCAGACUACACUAUGCGAACCAUUCCUUGCGCCGAACCCCUCAGCCCUCCCGGGACAACGAGGGCCACGAGUCGAAUCUGCAAAAUGGGGUACCAGGACACCAUCACGGACCCCCGCCUCUACCCUCCAGACACCACCAGUCCUCUUACCCCACUCUGCCCGUAAACGGCCACGUGACACAUCAGCAUCAUCAUUUUCCCCGCGAGAAGGACAGGGCAUCGGGUCGGGAGAAGAGCCGUGACCGAGACGCCGGCGCUCAAUCCGUCCAUCGGGCCGACAAACACCGAGACGCCCAGAUGGACACCCGCGAUGAUAGCCUGCACAUGGGCGAAAUUGGAACGUACAGAGCGUAAAGGGAGGUGCUUAAGGGAGAGGAAAAAGCCGAGUGAAUUGAACUGAAGACUGAAGUUGAGGAUACGCCUCGUGCGAACGAGAUGUACUGGUAGUGAUGGAUAUUGGGAACGUCCUUGUGCAGUUCAAAAACAGCUCCGAAUCAUUUCGAAUUUUAUUGGAAUAAGAUCUUCGAGCUGGGGAUGUCCAUUAGUGUGCCCUGGAGGCGGACAAGAAAGCCCGAGCGCGAUGUGGGGAGAUGGUAAUGUUGGUCAGGAGGUGAAAUAUCAGUGAUUUGAUGAUGACGAGGACCUAAAGUGAAGGCAUUAAUGGUCAUGAGUACCAUGGCAUCGUUUAGUGUCAUUUCUGCAAGAUUUAACACGUUCGAUCUCAGUUAGGUAGAUCUACCACUUUGCCCUACCUCUGUAAAGGUGUACCUACUACCCAGGGCUCGAACUUGUUAGAUGACGCCCUGCCUCAUAACUGCCAUAAAAAGAAGAAGGCAUCAAAACUGGGAAUCUCUCUCAGAUAGUCCUUGAAGGGUUUUCUAGAUCUUCAAGAUUCCUAUAAAAUUCAAAAUGGUGCGAAAUUUAUAUUGCAAGUGCUUCAGGGUCAACGAUGGAAUUAGCGAAGUGACUACAAUUUGAAGACUGAUUAUGACAGACAUUUAGGAACAUUCCAACCGCUUCGACUUCAACCUUGAAACCAAGGAAUUCUUCAGCAUCGAAUGGCAAUAUGGCAAUAAUCAGGGUAAUUGAAAAAAGUCAGGUUCCAAUGGAAACAUUUCUUCAUGUGAAAGUAAAAUGGAAGCUGCGGACAUAAAGAAGAGGUCGAUGCUGAUGAUGUUGCGGUGCACAAAGGAAGACUGGUUAUUCAAAGUCAUCUAAUGGACAAAAUCAACAAAGCAAGUUGAAAAUCCAUGAUUGAUUGUUCUUCUUCUACGUAUGCGAAAUUGUAACUUUGAAGACCCUGAAAAGGUCCUGAAUCUUGGACGAUCGUUUGUAAAUAUCAGCUUCAGAAUUUGAAAAGAUAGAGAACCUGAAAAAACGAAAUCUAUCGGUUUUCCUCGACAAGUCCUUAUAGAAAACGUUUUGUGAAUAUUUUGACUGGAUCCUUGAAGAGGCACGCAUGGAAUCGUAUUCAGAAGUGGCAUUACAUAUUUUCCAUCUCUUUUUUUAUAUACAGGGUGGUUCAUAAUAGAGGAAAUAUUAAAAAUCAUUUUUUUAAUGAUACUGUAGAAUUCUUCAGGUAUGAAAGGGGUUAGAUGAAGACAUUAACUGCGUAUUUACAAAUUAGCUUUAUUUUGAAAAUAAUAAUAGCCCAUUUAGGUAACUUAAAAUUAAAAUUAAUCUACCCUUGAAGACUACCUUGAAGAAAGAGACUCACUUCGUGAAUCAAAAUAUUUAAAAUUCUUAUGGGUUCUUUGUUAAUUUGUUAUUUUUGUGAGUUGCAAAAAUUGUUAUUUCACUUAAUCAAAAGGCAGGUAAAUAAUCAACCAAUAUUGGUGCAGUUUCUGUCGAAUUUUGAACCAUGGAUAUUAAUUACAUUCGAACAUGAGUUAUAAUAUGAAUGAACCUUAAGUUUUCAAAGCACGCAAUAGUCGUUCAAAUCAGCCACUCGAGAGCGAGAAAGGUAGUCGAAGAAGGAGUCGAAGAUUAUUUUUCCGGCCGAGUGUACCCUGUGGAAUUCCACGGUCACCCCGGUCGAGAAAGGUGACUGCACCUUGAAUCGACUCUCUCAGUGCGACGUUCUCAACCGUGGAGAAGGUGGAUUCCAAGUCCCAGCCCUCUAGACGAGCUUCGAUUCCGGAAUAGCUUUCGAGCAGCUACUCGCGACCCCAUUGUUUCUCAGAGAAAAACGAGAAAAUCUUGCUAGCUUUUCCAUCUUACAGCUCCGGAAAAUCGUUUUGAUUCUGAAUUGGUAACUUUUUCGAUAUUCAAAGGAGGAUGAUUUUAUAAAGGUGUAACAUUUUUUAGCAUUGGAUCAAAGAUGGACAGUUGUUAAUAAGAAAAUUCUUCCCCAACUGACGAUGAGUCUGAUUUUUCGAUAAAAUCUAUUAUUUUCGUCGUGCAAGCAGAAUUAAUAGGUACAAUUCCGACCCCAUCCAAUCUAUUUGAUGUUAUCUCAAAAAUUGUUCAAAAUGUGAUAAAACUUUUCUAUACUUUGACAUCACUUGAUGGAUUGCUCGUUCCUAGAAUUACUUUAAGAUGAAAAUUUUUGCAAGGACACAAAUUAAAAUUACAUAUUCUCUGGGGGAUCCCUUCGUGGAAAUUCUAGCGCCAUUUAAACCGUCACAAAGGAAGCACCGAUAAGAAGAAACUUUCCUAAGUAAUUUCACCCUUGAGCCGUACCACAUUAACCCUCCUCUUCUUUGCAAAUUAUUUUCCAGAAAAGAUCAUUUAAAGCUUUAAAAGAAAAAAAGUUGUGAAAUAUCAAUUUUGAUAUUAAUUUUAUUUAUAAUAAUUUUUAACUCCUACAAUCUGUGUUAUUUGUAUUAAAAUUGUAUUUAAGUAAACAUUCGUUAAUUAUAAAUUUCUGUUAUUUCACAAAAGAUUCUUGAAAUAUAAACGAGCUUAGUAUGAUUUA